AUUGAUGUGGUUGCUCAUGGACCUACAUUACUGUUUUCCUCAAAUCACAUCAAACGCAUUACGACAAAUCUGACUGAAAAGUGGACCAACGUAAUAGUACUCCAACGCUGGAUGAACAUAGGAAAAAAACAUUUCCACAGACCAUUUUGAGUGCUGUUAAAAGGAUCUGACCCUAUAUGAAAUGCAAUAGGAGCAAGAGGAUCACAGGGAGCAAAUAUCGUGGAUAUUAGUUAAUGAGGGAUCUGACCACAUAGGAAAUAUAGUGAAAGCAUGAGGAUCACAAUGAGCAGAUAUCGUGCCUAUUAGUUAAUGAGAUCAAAAAGAAUCAACAUGUCGCGUUUCAAAACCUAUCGAAACGAAGAUAUUCAAUCAAUAUUAGGAGAUGUGAAUACUAGGCAAAGGUGCAGCAUUGCGUAUGCCACCAAUGAAGGAGAUGAUUUUUCAUGUAACCUCCCCACAUCGCAACAACCAGAUGGGAUGACAAUACUUCAAGCCGCAGAAGAUUCUGGUCAUCAAGAUGUCCUACAGAGUUUCAUUCGCUUGAGAGCAAACGUGCAAGAUAAACGGCAUAUCGAUACAGAGAAGAUAGAUGGGAUGACACCACUUCAAGCCGCGGAAGAUAUAUGUCAUCAAGAUGUCCGACAAUGUUUCAUUCGGUUGAGAGCAAACGUGCAAGAUAAACGGCAUAACCCUGGUAGCCUUUUAUAUAUCGAGAUAACUAUUCGCCCUACGAGUGAGUCAUGUGUCGCCAAACCAAAAACCCAACUUUAUAGAGGUGAGGUACCGGCUGUUAUUGAUUCAGCUAUCACCAGUGAAAACGGCGCAGGAGAUCCAAAACCCGGAUCAAAGAAUCGCCGGCCAGGGAACCCUGGUAGACUUUUAUAUAUCGAUGUCACUAUACGCCCUACGAGUGAGUCACGUAUCGCCAAACCAAAAACCCAACUUUAUAGAGGUGAGGUACCGGCUGUUAAUGAUACGACUAUCACCAGUGAAAACGGCGCAGGAGAUCCAAAACCCGGAAUAAAGAAUCGCCAGCGAGGAAACCCUGGUAGCCUUUUAUAUAUCGAUGUCACUAUACGCCCUACGAGUGAGUCACGUAUCGCCAAACCAAAAACCCAACUUUAUAGAGGUGAGGUACCGGCUGUUAAUGAUACGACUAUCACCAGUGAAAACGGCGCAGGAGAUCCAAAACCCGGAAUAAAGAAUCGCCGGCCAGGGAACCCUGGUAGACUUUUAUAUAUCGAUGUCACUAUACGCCCUACGAGUGAGUCACGUAUCGCCAAACCAAAAACCCAACUUUAUAGAGGUGAGGUACCGGAUGUUAAUGAUACGACUAUCACCAGUGAAAACCGCGCAGGAGAUCCAAAACCCGGAUCAAAGAAUCGCCGGCCAGGGAACCCUGGUAGACUUUUAUAUAUCGAUGUCACUAUACGCCCUACGAGUGAGUCACGUAUCGCCAAACCAAAAACCCAACUUUAUAGAGGUGAGGUACCGGCUGUUAAUGAUACGACUAUCACCAGUGAAAACGGCGCAGGAGAUCCAAAAACCCGGAAUAAAGAAUCGCCGGCCAGGGAACCCUGGUAGACUUUUAUAUAUCGAUGUCACUAUACGCCCUACGAGUGAGUCAUGUGUCGCCAAACCAAAAACCCAACUUUAUAGAGGUGAGGUACCGGAUGUUAAUGAUACGACUAUCACCAGUGAAAACCGCGCAGGAGAUCCAAAACCCGGAUCAAAGAAUCGCCGGCCAGGGAACCCUGGUAGACUUUUAUAUAUCGAUGUCACUAUACGCCCUACGAGUGAGUCAUGUGUCGCCAAACCAAAAACCCAACUUUAUAGAGGUGAGGUACCGGAUGUUAAUGAUACGACUAUCACCAGUGAAAACCGCGCAGGAGAUCCAAAACCCGGAUCAAAGAAUCGCCGGCCAGGGAACCCUGGUAGACUUUUAUAUAUCGAUGUCACUAUACGCCCUACGAGUGAGUCAUGUGUCGCCAAACCAAAAACCCAACUUUAUAGAGGUGAGGUACCGGAUGUUAAUGAUACGACUAUCACCAGUGAAAACCGCGCAGGAGAUCCAAAACCCGGAUCAAAGAAUCGCCGGCCAGGGAACCCUGGUAGACUUUUAUAUAUCGAUGUCACUAUACGCCCUACGAGUGAGUCACGUAUCGCCAAACCAAAAACCCAACUUUAUAGAGGUGAGGGACCGACUGUUGACGAUUCGGCUAUCAACAUCGAAAACGGCGCAGUAGAUCCAAAACACGAAAUGAAGAAUCUUCGGCGAACGAACCGUAAUAUUCUUUCCCGACAUAAGAAUACAACUAUUCGUCCUACGCGUUUGUCUUGUGUCUCCAAACCAAAAACACAACUUUAUGGAGGUGAGGUACCAGCUACGAAGAAUUUGACUAUCACCAAUGAAAACGACGCAGUAAAUCCAAAACCGCGAAUAAAGAGCAAACGACGAAACAUUGAGAAUGGUCUUUCGAUCCUGACCCUCCUCCAUAGGGCGAUUCUAGCUUUGGCCUUCUACUUUGCUUGUUGUCCAAUACUCGUGGCAGGCAACUUAAGGUGGACCGAACCGGUUACGUUGGAUGUGGGUACACGUGGCGUAGUCGCAUUCUAUCUCCAGCGGCCAUCCAGUACACUGCAGUUUUCUCUUUUCUACACGAUUCAGUUCGGAUCGAAGGGUCGUCCUUUUUGUAUCGAUGGACGAUAUGAUGUUGAUGGCUUCAAAGAUCCUUCUCAAAUAUCAAGAUUCACUUUCACUUUCAUAGACAGAGAUGCAUCUCCCAGUGUGACUAUGACAAUAGAUGACGUUCAUACCAUAGACGGAGAUCAGUACAUAUUUAUCGGAGUGUGGCGUAGUUUGGAGUACGUUCAGUAUGAUAAUCAGAAGAAGGAGGUUAUUGUACAACGUCCUCCCAGUCCGGCAGAUUGCUUCAUCACUUUACGUGAUAGUGAGUAUCCGUAUGAAGUACAUUGUUGGGCCAAGACCGGAAGUAUACCAACCACACUGGCAUGCUACCAAAACGACAGGGAUCUCGUCAAAGUGCAUAACAUUACACAUAAUGGGCACACCACCAGAGCUAUCUUUCUCCUACCCGAUACGACCCAUUUCUCCUGCUGUUCACAUUACAUAACAUCCACCGUAGAUGCAGCAACCUGCAACGACUUUGAGUGGCCUCCUGGUUAUUCUGGUAUUUCCAGUACAGAGAAGACAACCAGUAUGUCUGCCGGUGAACAAUCCAAUUGGCCUACUGAUCCGACACCUACAACCGAUACAGUACAUGUAGGUUCUGGAGCUUGUAGAUCAUACAUGAUUCCAUCAAAAUGGCACUUUUUGUACAUGAUCUUAUAUCUUUGUGCCUUUUACAUCAUGUGUUAUGAAUUAUUAUAUAACUAGUUCGUGUAAUUUGAUUGGUUUGAAAGCCAAUCAUUCAAAUGAUCUUGCAUAAUUAUGAAGAGCUUGUUUCCAAAACGGGCUAAAUCCUCUUUUAGACCAAAAUUGAUUUAUAUAUAUAUAUAUAUAUAUAUCUUGGGAAUCAAAUGCAACAUAUCGUAUUUGAAUUAAAAACCUUGAUUUACAGAAAAAUACCAAAAGUGGAUUUAGACUCCUUUGGAACAAACUUCUUCAUAUGUCUCUAAUAUCAGUUUAUGCUAUCAUGAUUAUCAUUGUAUAUAUCGGAGAAAUAGUACUGUACACAGAAACGAAAUUUAUAGUUCCUUUAUUUACUUUCAGUGUCGCGUACUAUAUAUUGCGAGAAUAAAUACAGAUCGAACAUGAAA